AGACCAAUCAACACCCAAGAUUUAAAAAAUGAAUGAGAUCGACGUUUUUGUUGGUAACAACUGUGUAAUAUCACCAGAAAUUUAUGAACUUUGGCUGAAAGGAUACACAGCUCCGGAAGCUGCGAGAAUUCAACAAAAUAAAGUAGCUCUCAAAGUGUAUGGUGCGAACUUUGAAGAUCUCUUUAGUGAUAUUGUCGACUAUUAUCGCAUAUUUACUGGCCUGGAAGAAAUGUUGAAAACACCACCCAGAUUAAGUCACCAACUGGUUUAUCAGUUUGAUCCUGAUACAUUACACAUGUUGAUUCAAAAAUACUACAGUUUUGAUGCUCCAUUGAUUCGAGAGAUAUUUGGACAUAAAUUAAAUUCUCGCAGUAGGAAAGAUCUGGAUGACCUAAGUGAAGAAACUGACAUUCCUGUGCGCAAUUGUAGAAGACAGUUUGACAAUGCCAAGCGAUUUUUCAAAACAGUUGAAGAAUUGAGUGGCCGUUUGGUAGAUAACAUUCAAACACUUUUUUGUCUAUCUGAAGAAUUGGCCAAAGCAUAUGCUGCUAUAGUAUUUAUCACAAACAACAGAUUUGAAACUGGCAAAAAAAAGUUGAGCUACCUUAGUUUUGAAGAUUUUGCUGUCUGUGCCAAUUACAUGAUCUCUAACUGGUCUUACAGUUCCGAAGAAUGUCAGAACCAUGAGGAUAUGGAUGUGGACAUGGACAGAGACUUCCUGCUGGAUCUUAGAGAGUUUAAGGUUCUCAUGGAAAGAGAGUAUGCAGAAGAGCACAGAAGUUUAAUGAUUCGUACACUACAGCCUGUUAUGAGAGAAAAGGUUCUUACUGAAAUGGAUGCUAAUUUUAGAUCAGUAUCAAAGACCAUUAUAAAUAUUGCAAGUGGUUUAAAUCAUAGCAAGGAAUCAAGAGAUAUUUUCAUUGAUGUGCUUGAAAAGUUAAUUGAGCCUUGGCAACAACUAUCAUUGACCAUGCAAGAUGCCAUGUAUUUUCUCAAUGCUUUCAAAGAAACGGCUUUACAACUUGAUAUUUUUCGAUCUUCUCCCAAGCUGGUGAAAGUCUGGGAGAGGUACAUGAUGACCUUCAAUCCAUUGGUCUUACAAAUGUACCCAAAGUAGUUUGUAGAAUUAUUUGUGCAUGUAAUGUAAAUAAAUUGCUUUG